CGUGACUACUCGGAGGUGGGCUAUUGCUCUCCUGGGGAUGACAUUUACGCAGACGAGGAAGUGGGUGCUGUGAGCAACGGCAGGCCCACUGGCAUGCAUCCCUCAGUUGCCGCUUGCUUACGCAGCAUCCGCCUUCUUGAGGCUAAUGUUCAAGAAAUAUUCGACUUGCUCUACCUCAACGAGGCUCAGGUCUGGUCACCUGCUGGAUCGGGGAAUGAGUAACGAUGAUGAACCAUGGAAAGUUUUCGUGAUCUCAAAAGAUCAUUUUGUCCUCUUGAUUUGCGAAGAUUUUGUAUAUUUUAUACCUGAGAAGAGAAUUUUGUAA